CGCAGACCCGGUCAGCUAUUGGGAGCUGCUAACUCGCCAUACAGCAAAGGUGCGUGACUAUCCGCUCGCGCGCGCGCUUCAAUUUUCGCCCCAACAACGUGGAUGCAACGAGCCGGCUCUUACGCACGGUCCGACGGCGAUCGAGCACAUUCAUUUUUUUGGCUAAAAAAAUUCAGUCAUCCGCGGUACGGUUCAAUUGGUGCAAAACAAACGCGCCAGGCCGAACCCGGUGCUGCGCCGACCGCCGCGACGCGGUUUCCGCGGCCGCGCGGCCCGACGCGCCCCCGAAACCGACCCGCCGGGUCGCGCGCGCGCAAACACACCUCGCAGCCACCACGACCCCCCAAACCCCGUCGUCGCGACCAAGCCCCCGACGCCGGCGCCGCGCGCAGGCACAGAGACAGAAACAAAGGCCCCAGAAAAAGAAAAAAAACACAGGGCCGAAAUGGCGCAGUACGACGUCAAGAUCUGCUGCAUGGGCGCCGGCUACGUGGGCGGCCCGACCAUGGCCGUCAUCGCGAAGAUGUGCCCCCGCAUUAAGGUCACCGUGGUUGAUUUGAGCCAGAAGAUCAUCGACGCGUGGAACACGGGUAAUAAAUUGCCCAUCUACGAGCCUGGGCUCGAGGAGGUCGUGGCGGUGGGUCUCAAGAGAGGUAAUUUAGUGUUCUCCACCAAAAUCAAUGAAAGUAUUGCGGAGGCUGAUAUUGUGUUCAUUUCGGUCAACACGCCCACCAAAACGGCCGGCAUCGGCGCCGGGCGCGCGGCCAACGUCAAGAACUGCGAGUUAUGCGCGAGAACGAUCGCGGAAGUGUCGACGUCCGACAAGAUCGUCGUCGAGAAGUCGACGGUGCCCGUGCGCACGUCGGACGCCGUCCGCGCGGUGCUCGAGCAUGGCGCUAAACCGGGCGUCAAAUUCCAGGUGCUGAGCAACCCCGAGUUCCUGGCCGAGGGCACGGCCGUGCCCGACCUCGAAACGCCGUCUCGCGUGUUGCUGGGAGGCAUGCAGACCCCGGAAGGUCUCAAGGCCCUCGAGACGGUAGUAAACGUCUAUGCGAAUUGGGUGCCGCGCGACAAGAUCCUGACCACGAACCUGUGGUCUUCUGAGCUCUCGAAGUUAGUAGCCAAUGCUAUGUUGGCCCAGAGAGUGUCCUCAGUCAACUCCAUCUCUGCUCUGUGCGAGGCGACGGGCGCGGACAUCAGCGAGAUCUCGAGAGCCUGCGGCACGGACCCGCGCAUCGGUCCCAAGUUCCUCCAAGCUUCGGUAGGCUUCGGCGGCUCGUGCUUCCAGAAGGACAUCCUCAACUUAGUGUACCUCUGUGAAUCCUAUGGUUUAAGGGAGUGCGCCGAGUACUGGAACUGGGUCGUGCAGAUGAACGAGUACCAGAAGUCCAGAUUUAGCUUAAACAUGGUGCGCUCCAUGUUCAACACGGUCACGGGCAAGAAGAUCGCGAUCUUCGGCUUUGCGUUUAAGAAGGACACGGGCGACACGCGCGAGACGGCGGCGGCCUUCAUCGCGCGCGACUUGGUCGAAGAACAAGCUAGGGUCCACGUCUACGACCCCCAGGUCUCCAGAGAGUCCAUGUUCGCCGAGUUCAAGUACACGCUCAAUCUCUCGGAGGAGACGAAGCCGGGCUUGGGCGAAUUGGUGGUCACGUCUCCCGACGCCUACAGCGCCGCCCAGGGCGCGCACGCCAUCGCCAUCGCUACCGAGUGGGACGAGUUCAAGACCCUCGACUACAAGAAGAUCUACGACUCCAUGGCCAAGCCGGCCUUCCUCUUCGACGGCCGCAACAUCGUCGACGCGGCGGCGCUGCGCGAGAUCGGCUUCACGGUCUACUCCAUCGGCAAGCCCGUGGGCAUGAAGUAGACGUCCCGUCCCCCCGUUCCCGUGGUCCCGCGGGUAAAGCUGUACUAAAACUC